GCUUUUUUAUUGUAAAUACGUAAACGGACGUGAACUACCGAGCGCUGCGUUUCACGCAGAGAUACGGCGCGCUCGCGCACUCUCCUUUCUUGUAAAUAAAUAAAACUGCGGCUUAUUUUGACUUGCUGUAAAGAUUGUAUUUUUUUGUACGUUGUACGUUUGUAAUAAGUAGGCAAUUGUGAGUAAAUUAUGUUUUGACAGGUCUUGAGAUGGUAAAGUUUGUUGGUUAGCCAUAUUGUGAUAUCUAGCUAUUGGCAUUGUUCUAGCUUUUAUCGAAGAAAAACAAUUCAUAUUAUCAUAGGACUGAAGGUGUUCUCUGCAUUAACUUCCUAAAAUCUCUUGAAUGAGAAUAUUGAAUGUUGUGGUAGACUGAGAGUUGCCUUGGCAGCUGGUUUUAUAAAGUGAGCUGACAACUUUGCUAAUCAACUAGCCACUUAGCUAACUAGUAAGAGGAAGAAGAAAGUGUAGGGCAGAGCUUGUGAGCCAUCUUGUGUGUAUUCGCUUACGAUUUUUCAUUAUUGGAUGGAUGUAUUUUAUUGUAAGUUGUCUGUGGGGCAUUCAAAUAUCCCGAGCCCAUACCUGAUGUGAUAAUAAAAAGAAAACAAUUGUACACACGGAUUUUUACCCCAGAAUUACAGAACUGAACGUAUUCGGUGGUUUGCAGCUGGAAGAAGAAAAUGCACUAUUACAGAUAUGAAAACGCAGAGGUCAGCUGUUGCUACAAAUACCUCAUGUUCAGUUACAACAUUAUUUUUUGGCUGGCUGGAACAGCAUUCAUUGCAAUUGGCUUCUGGGCCUGGAGUGAAAAGGGUGUUUUAUCGGAUCUGACACAAGUUACACGUCUACAUGGUUUUGACCCAGUUUGGGGGGUGCUUGUUGUGGGCACAGUCACUUUCAUUUUGGGAUUUGCUGGGUGUGUUGGAGCUCUCAGGGAAAACAUCUGCCUCCUUAAGUUUUUCUCUGGAGUCAUCGGCUUCAUCUUCUUCCUGGAGUUGACGGCUGCUGUGUUGGCGUUUGUGUUCCAGGGCCAAGUUAGGGAAUGGAUCAAUGAUUUCUUUUUGGCCAAUGUAAAGGCUUACAGGGAAGACAUUGACCUGCAGAAUCUGAUUGACUCUCUCCAGAAACUGAAUCAUUGCUGUGGAGCUAAAGACCCCAACGACUGGAAUCUAAAUGUGUAUUUUAACUGCUCAACUGAUAACCCCAGCAGAGAGAGAUGUGGAGUGCCCUUUUCCUGCUGCAUCAGCGACCCUGCUGAUACAGUGGUGAACACGCAGUGCGGAUAUGAUAUUAGAAUGUCUGCCACACCGUCUCACUGGAGCAACACCAUUUAUGUCAAAGGAUGCAUGAUGGCUUUAGAGGAGUGGCUUCCACGCAAUCUGUACAUUGUGGCUGGAGUCUUCAUAGUCAUAUCGUUGCUACAGAUGGUGGGAAUCUUCUUGGCAAGGACACUGAUUGGAGACAUUGAAAAAGUAAAGUUUAAUUAUUACUGAGCUCUGAUGUAACUGAAAGGGAGCUAAGGGCAAUGGAAAAAGACGUGGAUCUACAUUUAAUUUUCUACGUCUCUUUUUGUGGAGAAGAGGACUCUACACCAUUCACUGGACCACCUUUUCAGCAAUUCUAUAGACUACAUAUUGAAUACGCGGCUGCCUAAGCUCAGUUGGAUACUGUCACAUGUGUGCCUUGUCUCUUCUUCAAGUUUACCUCCAGUCCACUCCCUAUUUUUAUUCAAAUAUUUGUUUUUUUUAAUAGGACAACCAUUAACCAAACAUUUGUAUUUUUGCGACCACUAUUAACCAAGCGGAGUAUACUUAAGUGGCAACACGAUGGGACCAUAACCUGUAAACUAACCUGAAGUGUAAUUUGUUAUAAGUGGUCAACCAAGCUUUGAUUACUGAAAUGUAAUGUAUCUUACAUGGUCCUGUUACAUACACUCCAAAAUCUUAUGCGUACUUAUUUGUUGUUAUUGGGAACUGAAUUAAGAAUUGGUACAAAAGCACAAACUGGAACAAAUUUAGGAUGUUUUUUUAGAAGCAUGUUUAUUUUUCCUUGAAGAUGAAAAAAAACGUGUCCUCUCACAGUAAAAAGUCUUAUGAAAGAGAACAGUUUCACGCAGUUUUAACUGCAGUAAACGCAUAUCUUUUAAUGUUUGUUGAGUUUUGUUGAAUUUAUUACUUAAGUCUUUCCGCGGACAGAAGGUCUGCAUUUAAUGUCAACCGCAAAGAGUGCAGAAGAAAAUGAUCAGGAUCUGACCGGAAGUACUCGCAUGUAAACGGAACACAUCGGGAAUACAGCUGCUUAGAAAUCAAAUGCCAGUGAGCCGAUCCAUUAGAUCCUAAAUGAUAGAGGUAAGAUACAUCAGUAUGUAUCCUUUAUAUUACAGUAAGCAACUCAUAUGUGCUGUUAUUUGUUCAUUCUGUUUGAUCAUUUUUAACAGAAUGUCUCACAUUUGUAAAUGGUCACUUUCUGUUGGACCUCUGCUUAACUUUUAAGAUUCACUGGAAAUUCACGUAGUCACCAUAUGGCUUAUACUGAUGUCAACAUUGCCUUGAGAUGCCAACGUUUACCUCCUUUUUUUCUACUCUUACUUCUUGACUUUUUUACGAAAAUGCAGAUUUUUGUGCCUUUUCUCUGGCAUUAUAAGGUUUCAUAAAAUGUAUUGUAUACCGUGUUAAAGCUGAAUAGAAUCAUAUCCAUGAUUAACCUUUUUUUACGGGUGCUUAAAGAAUAUUUACUUGUGUUUUCAAUUAACAAUUUAACUGCCAGCACGGCACAAACUACUUAAAAUACAUACCAUUAAUAAUAUUAAUGUCUUCACACUUGAAUUAGCCAAAAAAAACCCAAUAUGCAUUCUGACAUAAAUGCAAACACCUGCCCGUCUUCACUCUUUCUACAGCCCAAAGACUUAUCAUUUUGAAGUUCUAUCUUAGUAUACUUAUAUGACAUGACCUCUGAAAUCUCAUCAAUGCAAAAAGAAAAUUAUUUAACAAGAAAAAGAAAGCAUUUAGUUGAUCUUUUUAAUUCAGAGUGCACUAUUUUAUCCCUUUUUGGAGUGUCUGUCUGUGCCACUGUGUAGUGUUAAAGCUUAAUAGAGUAUUUACUAAAAUGCAGUACAGUUUCCCUGACUUUGCUGCAAGAGCCUCCUUUUUUCAUGAAGGGAUGUUUUUUUUGUGUUGGAUCUAGAUGUUAUUUGUUGUUGGAUAAUUGUUGUCUUUGUAAAUAUUUUCUGAAUUCUUUUCAGCAUUUUUAUAUUCAAUAAAAAAAAAAGUUUGACAUUAUCA